GUCACGUUAGAACUUUCGACACGUUGAAACAGAAUCAUUUCGCUCGCGCUUUUUCCUCGUUCCAACUCCAGUCGUUGCUUCCGCGGUUCCACCCCUCCACGAGCGUGCGCUCCGAGCAAAAUAGCCGACCACACUGUCCCUCCUUUUCAAGGCUUCAACUGUUAGGGAUCCGUAGUUCCAUAGUUUCUGAGAUAUUCUUUUUAGGGUUUAGUUCUGUUUCAAUGGAAGAUCAAUCCUCACGAAUUCCAGGAGAGAACAACGGAGCUUCCGAAGGAGGGAAUGUCGAAGAAAAUUCUCUUUCUUAUCUCGAUCUCACCAGCUACCAGCUCCACGACCUCGAUGGAAUCGAGCUUCCUCCGAGCUUAAUCGAGUUGGAUUUAACGACCAAUCGUUUAUCCACGCUGGAUCCUCGAAUUGCCCUCCUCGCGCAGCUAAAGAAGCUCUCUCUGCGGCAAAAUCUAUUUGACGAUGCUGGAAUCGAGCCCAUUUCUCGGUGGGAUUCCAUAUCGGGACUUCAAGAAUUGGUCCUCAGGGACAACAGACUUACGAAGAUACCUGAUGCCAGUAUUUUCAAGAGCCUUUUGGUAUUCGAUAUUUCUUUCAAUGAGAUACCUUCCUUAAAUGGUUUGUCAAAGGUCUCGAACACACUCAAGGAACUCUAUGUUUCUAAGAAUGAAGUGACUAAGAUAGAGGAGCUCGACCACUUCCAUGAACUACAAAUUCUUGAGCUGGGUUCUAACAGAUUAAGGGUAAUGGAGAAUUUGCAGAACCUAACACAUUUGCAAGAGCUGUGGCUGGGGCGCAAUCGUAUCCGAACAGUAAACCUAUGUGGUCUAAGAUGUAUCAAGAAGCUUAGCUUGCAGAGCAACCGCUUGACAUCUAUGCUUGGAUUUCAGGAUUGUGUUGCUUUAGAAGAGCUGUACUUGAGUCAUAAUGGUAUUUCAAAGAUGGAGGGGUUAUCCACCUUGGCGAAUCUGCAUGUUCUGGAUGUUUCAUCAAAUAAGUUAACGACCAUAAAUGACAUUGAAAACCUAACAAGAUUGGAGGAUCUUUGGCUCAAUGACAACCAAAUAGCUUCACUGGAAGGCAUUGACAGUGCUGUUGCAGGUUCAAGGGAAAAGCUUACGACCAUUUAUCUGGAGAACAACCCAUGUGCAACUACUUCAAAUUACUCUGCUACCCUUCGGCACAUCUUCCCAAAUCUUCAGCAGAUUGAUUCAGACAUAUUCUCCUAGGAGUCUUAGUGGCUCCCUUAUUAAUAUUCAGAGGAAAGGAUGCCAUAUGCUUUAAAAACCUUGAAGAAAAAUUGGUCAACAUGAUGCAAGAUGUGCAAAUGAUGAAGUUAAUUUAUGUGAUGGCUUUAUAAAGGUCAGUUCAGUUGGUUCCUCGAAGAUCUGUUCCUCAAAAGAGAUCAGAUCAGGGCCAACCAUAGGACAAUGACUAUGAUCGUAUGCAAGUUUACCAAUUACAUCUGUCACAAUAAAUUAAAAUACUAGACUUUUAAACUCUCACGUCCUUUCUUGCUCCCCCUUUUACCCUUCGAUCCUGCUUUUCUUUCUUUGCAUGAGUAUUGGGUGUGGGGUUUUAAUUGUUUUCUGCAACUGGAUCAGGAGUGGGAAUAUUUGGCAAAGUCUGACAAAUUGUGAUUUGUUAUAUUUAUCCCUUUUAAGCAUUUUCUUUUGCACAUGGUAUAUAAAUAAUUCUCGAUCCAUUUUACUCUA